AUGGGCAAUCGCUCGAGCAUUAAGUCUAGCACUGAUAUGAUAGUUCCUCGUUCAUUCGCUCUACCUAGACGUCCAAAAAUGGGAAGUGGCAUUCCUCAACUCCCUAAUUCCCGCUGGAAACCUUCUAGGAGUAAGCAGAAGGAUUGCGUCCCAUAUGGGAGUAAGCCCGAGAUCUCGCCCCACAAAGUGGCCUACGGGAGCUCCACCUACAUGGCACGGCAAAAUCGAAUGCACACCGUUCCUUACACUGCUGAUCCCCUUUCUCAUCCGGCCAAUACAACGGCUCCAACUGUCACACAGACGACGAUGGCGAUGGCGGCUGUGGGAGGGUGUCAGACCACGCCUGCCAGUCGCCCCAUUUCCCUUCCUCGACCCCCUGAUGCCUCGUCGGUGGGGGCGGUGGCGGCAGCUCCUCCUGUCGCCUCCCGACACUCCACCGGCGACACCUACCGUCGAUGGAGCCAGAAGUACGUGGCCCUUCACGACUACACGGCGCGGGUGGAAGAUGACCUCUCGAUUUUGAAGGGUCAGCACUUCUACGUCAUAGACCGGUCGCAAGGCUAUUGGUGGUAUGCUAAAUGCGCCGCCACUGGAAAAAUGGGCUACGUGCCUUUCAAUUACCUCGCUCCCAUCACCAGUCUCGAGUCAAAUGAGUGGCACUUUGGCGAUAUGCGGCGAUUAGAAGCAGAGAAUUGUUUGAUGAUGCCAGGAAAUGACCACGGCUCCUUUCUUGUUCGGAUUAGCGAAUCCAGAAGCGGGGAAUAUUCGCUCUCAGUACGAGACGGUGAUGUGGUCAAGCACUAUCGAAUUCGAUCACGACCCUCCAGAACAAAUCCCGAGGUGCGACGCUACUUCAUCUCACGCCAACUUCCCUUCUCCAGCAUUCAACAGCUUGUGGAACACUACAUGAAAAAUCAAUCCGGCCUCUGUUGCGAACUUAUUGCCCCCUGCAUCAAGCCCGUUCAUCCCGUCCCAGUUGGUCUUUCACACAACACAGUGGACAAGUGGGAGAUCCCCAAGUCCUCCGUCGUUCUCAAAGAGCGUAUAGGAAAGGGUCAAUUCGGUGAGGUCUAUAAAGCAGUCUGGAAUGGCACCACUCUGGUUGCUGUCAAAACACUUCGUGCAAGUAAGUCGUCAGUCCUUUUCAGUUUCUUUGGUGGUACCAAGGUCAUAACAGUCAAAGAAGUCGUUGCCUUGGUCAAUAUAAUGUUUAUAUUGAUAGUAAAGAGGGAAUUUUUGGUACCAAAAUUUGGAGUCUGGGAAUUUUUGCUGCGGCUCCAGCCCGUCUUCAAGGGCUGGAGCCCGAACUACCAAAAGCCCACUCCUUCAGUUCGCUUUGACGCUUUAUCCUUCUGCACCAUUUUGGAGGUUGGCUUCUUUUCCGUCCCUCGCUGCCUUUCUACCCAUCUAGCAUCUAACAACGGUCGCGGUGGUGGUGAUGCUGGCAGUAAUAAGAGGCAAGAACAGAGCAAGACGUCACGGAAGACGGUUGCGAGGUGUGAUUUUGGAAGUUGCCUCAUUAUGAGCACAGGAAAGGGACGGAAGGCUAUUGACAGAGCUGUUGCUGAUGUGGGAACUAAAUCGCAAGGCUUAGAAGCCUCGCUUACAUACUUGUGCAAUGCGGAGGACUUUCUAAUGGAAGCGCAGACAAUGAAGCGAUUGCACCACCCACACCUUAUCCAGUUGUACGCGGUGUGCACACAGUCGGCGCCGUUCUACCUCAUCACGGAGCUCAUGUCGAAGGGCUCCUUACUUGCCUUCCUCCAGUCCGCAGAGGGGCGAGCGCUGGGUGUGGCGGGCCUUGCGCUGCUUGCGGUGCAGGUAGCCUCCGGCAUGGCCUACCUCGAGUCCCAACGCUACGUGCACCGCGAUCUCGCCGCGCGCAACUGCCUUGUUGGGGAGGGCAAUGUUGUCAAGAUUGGAGACUUUGGCCUCGCUCGCAUGAUCCACGAUAAGCUAAUUGUUGAUCAACCGUUUUCUGAGGGUGUGGAAAAUCCGACACCGGCGUGGAUUGUGCGAUCACUCGUCUUAUUCACUGGGAUUGGGCCUGAAAAUCAGGAAUACGUGGCGCACGCAGGCGCACGUUUCCCCAUCAAAUGGACGGCACCGGAGGCAGCAAACUACUCUCGUUUUACCACUGCUUCUGACAUCUGGUCCUUCGGCAUCCUCCUGACAGAGAUAGUGACCUAUGGUAGAGUCCCCUAUCCCGGGAUGCACAAUGCAGAAGUGUUGCGCCAAGUGGAGGCUGGCUACCGAAUGCCGGCGCCGCCAGGGUGCCCUGUGGAGCUCUAUGAUCUCAUGCUAGAGUGUUGGGCUGCCGACGAGACUGCGCGUCCCUCCUUCGCCAGCAUCCAUGGGCGUCUACAGGUCUUCUGCGAGGAGUGGGACCGCCCUGCUUACCGCGAUCCCGCCACCGCUACUUCUGGCACCGCUGUCGGAGUGGGUACCACCUCCGAGCGGUGCGACAGUCCGCCACCCCCCCUUCCUCUCUACCGUCGCCAUGUCACGGCACGUCAAAACUGA